UUGAAUAGUGAAUACUAGUAGUUAUAGAAGUGAAUACUAAUAGUUAUAAAUAACAUUCUGCAAAUGGCAUUUGUUCGAUGUAUUCAACGACUGAAUCAUGUAUUCUUAUUAACGUUUUCAAAUUCAAUCUCUCAUUCUGUGAAGUAUAUACAUUCAAGUUCAACUACAUCAAUUAUAAAACAAGAGACAAUAAAUAAAAUAGAACAAUUAUCUUUAGUUAAUAUUGAUGGUGCUGAUAGUUUUUCUGUUCUAAAAGCUGCAAUUGUUUUUACAGAACAUUUACGCAAUACAAAAAUAGAUAAAGAAAUUGAACCUAUGUAUAGCCCAUUUGAAAAAGAAUUCAUUCUUCUACGAGAUGAUAAUAUAGAAAAUAACACAUCUAGAAAAGAAAUCUUAAUGAAUGCUGCAGUUACAGAAGAAGAAUACUUUGUAGCACCAUUACAAACUAUUACAAAAGCAUCAUGA